AGUGCGCAGGCCCAGGGCGAGCCGGGCUCGGCGGGAGGGGACACAUGAGACGCGGUGUCUGAGCGCGGAGCGGCUCAGAGCGGAGAUGGGAGCCGCGCGAGAGAUCUGCAGCUAGCCCAGCUGCACUUGCUCAGCCGGCAGCAGGGAGGCUCAGGUAAAGAUUGGAAAGAUGAGCCUUUAAACAGAAAGAUCAGAGUGUCUAACAUCAGAAAGAAGAGAAGGACUUAAAACGUGAGAAGGAUGAGCUCAUAUGCGGAUAUCUGCAGCUCCAAGCAAGCGCAGAGCGGCACGGAGGGAAGUUAUCAACGCUAUGGAGUUCGAUCCUAUCUGCAUCAAUUUUAUGAGGACUGCACAGCUUCAAUUUGGGAGCAUGAGGAGGAUUUUCAGAUCCAGAGGUCACCUAGCAGGUGGAGCUCUGCAUUCUGGAAGGUCGGACUCAUCUCUGGGGUGGUUUUUAUGCUGAUCGGGUUAACAGUUCUUGUAGUAGGUUUUCUUGUGCCACCGAAAAUCGAAGCCCUUGAAGAAGAUGAUUUCGUUGUUGUGGAUAACCAUGCCAUUCAGUUUAACGGAGCCCUUGAUAUAUGUAAGCUGGCAGGAGCGAUCUUAUUUUGUAUUGGCGGGACCACAAUGGCAGCAUGCCUGUUGAUGUCUGCUUUUGCUAAAAGCUACUCCAAAGAAGAAAAGUAUCUUCAGCAAAGGUUUAAAGAGAGAAUAGCAGACAUAAAAGCCCAUGCACACCCAGUCACAAAAGCACCAGCACCAGGAGAAUCGAAGAUACCUGUCACUUUGUCCAAAGUUCAAAACGUCCAACCUUUAUCAGAAACCUGACAUUUCCCUUUUUAAUUUAUACAUCAUUUAAUUUGAAAAGGUCAGCCUUUGUGAGCAUAUGAAUUUGUAUUUACAGUACAGCUUCAAGUACUCUGCUCUGUAAGAGGGGAACUGAUUGGAAACCUUAUCUAGCAGAAUUUAAAUGUUGGCAAAUGAGGGAAGUUUAGGUGAUUAGUGCUUUGAAUAAUGUAUACACAUUCAAAUAUAUGAAUUGUGUAAACGAGUGCUCACCUAUGUUGAUCUAGGUCAACCUACGAACAUGGUUACAACAACACUGGAGGGGGGGGAAAAAAGAUUUUUAAUUUCUUAUCAGUUUGUGUCAUUUGAGAAAAAUGGGCAUUUUUAUACCAAUUGUAUCAUGGCUAUCCAAAAUUAUGCUCUGUUUAAAGUAAAUGUGGUGUGUUUUUUUUUAGCUAUGGUAGUUUUUAAAACUUUUUUUAGACUUGGUGUUCUUUCACUUUCCAGUCCUGCUGUACAUGGGGUAAUAUCCUGCCCUCUUUACCCAUGUUUGUAGUCCUGUCAUUUUCAAUAGUCUCUAUAAAAAUAAGAGUGUACAUGUACACAUUCUAGGUCUCUCACACAGAAGAAACUGUGCUGCCCCGAUUUUGAUUAAGGCACAUCAGCCAACAGCGUUUCCAUAUGGGAAACAAACAUAAUUUUAGGCCCAAAUUUGUCACCAUCCCUCCUUUUUAAAAUCACCAAAUUUUAUUAACAAAUACAAAAUAAGGAAAGCAAGAUUAUGAAACAUCCUAUUUUAAUUAAGAAAAAGAACUCCACAUUUCCCCAUUGGUUGUUUGGUGUGGUAUCCCUCAUCAUGAGUCUUUGCCAAACAUUCUUAAAACUCAUCACGCACAUUUGGGCCUUGGCAGGAUGGGAAUUAGACUAUGGUUUAAAGCAGUGGUCACCAACUGGUCGAUCGCGAUUUCCGGUGGCAGCACAGUAUGGCUGCUUAAGGCUACCCUGCCCCCACACCUCUCCUGGAAGCGGCCACUGUGGCCCCGGGGGUGGGAGGGCAGGGGUCUCCCUCCCUGUGUGCUGCUUCUGCCUGCGAGCACCGCCCUUGCAGCUCCCAUUAGCUGGGAGAGCUGUGGGGGGCAGUGCUUGCAGAGAAGGGCAGGGCGCGGAGCCACAUGUCCUCUGCCCUCCCCACCCCAGGGGCAGCAGGGGCGCAUUGGCCCCUUCCGGGAGCAGCGUGGGGGCAGGGUACGCAUGGAGCCUGCCUUAGCUUCGCUGCGCCCACUGCUGACUGGGAGCCACUGGAGGCAAGUGCUGCCCGGCGGGAGGCCACACCCCAACCCCCAUCCCUGAGCCCCCUUCCAGAGCCAGCACCCUGUACCCUCUCCUGCACCCCAACACUCUGCCCCAGCCUGGAGCCCCCUCCUGCACCCAAACUCCCU